UUAGUAAAUAGUAAUCCCUAUAUCCCUGGCAGCAAAACGCUCUCGAAUCUCUCCGCGUGCUUCCCCUCAGCUACUCCCGAAGAGAACUUCUCACAGCUCUCUCUCUCUCUCUCUCUCUCGCUCGCUCUCUCGACUUGAAUCAACCAGUUUCUUGCAUUUUUAGAGUGAAAGCACUUUCAAGUCGAACUUUGAGAUAGCCAGUUCUUUCAUCAGUGGGGAUCUUCGAAACAGACAAAAUGUCGCGGAAAGGAUUGAUGGAGCAAGACCUAAGUAAACUGGAUGUAACAAAGUUACAUCCACUCUCACCUGAGGUUAUAUCUCGCCAGGCUACAAUUAAUAUCGGCACUAUAGGUCAUGUGGCACACGGGAAGUCCACAGUUGUAAAAGCAAUAUCUGGUGUUCAGACUGUUCGUUUCAAAAAUGAGUUGGAGCGCAACAUUACCAUCAAGCUUGGUUAUGCUAAUGCAAAGAUAUACAAAUGUGAAGAUGAGCGGUGUCCUCGACCAAUGUGCUACAAGGCUUAUGGAAGUGGGAAGGAAGAUAGUCCUCCGUGUGAUGUGCCAGGGUUUGAGAACUGCAGGAUGAAAUUAUUGAGACAUGUGUCCUUUGUGGAUUGCCCAGGUCAUGAUAUUCUCAUGGCUACAAUGCUUAAUGGAGCUGCAAUUAUGGAUGGAGCCCUACUUCUAAUAGCUGCCAAUGAAAGCUGUCCCCAACCACAAACUUCCGAACACCUGGCUGCUAUUGAAAUUAUGCGCCUCCAACAUAUAAUCAUCCUUCAAAAUAAAGUAGAUCUAAUUCAAGAAAAUGUAGCCAUCAACCAGCAUGAAGCAAUCCAGAAGUUUAUUCAGGGAACUGUUGCUGAUGGAGCACCUGUGGUACCAAUUUCUGCACAACUGAAGUACAAUAUCGAUGUUGUGUGUGAGUAUGUCGUGAAAAAGAUCCCCAUUCCAGAAAGAAACUUUGUGUCACCUCCUAAUAUGAUCGUAAUCAGGUCUUUUGAUGUCAAUAAGCCUGGUUUUGAGGUUGAUGAUAUAAGAGGCGGUGUGGCGGGUGGAAGUAUUCUCAUGGGUGUUUUGAAGGUAAAUCAAUUUAUUGAGGUUCGUCCAGGGAUUGUUGUUAAAGAUGAGAGUGGCACCAUCAGAUGCACGCCCAUAUAUUCCAGAAUAGUUUCACUGUAUGCUGAGCAAAAUGAGCUGCAAUUUGCUGUGCGGGGUCUCAUUGGGGUUGGUACAACAAUGGACCCCACUUUAACACGUGCGGAUAGGUUGGUGGGUCAGGUUCUCGGUGAAGUUGGCUCACUCCCUGAAAUUUUUGUUGAGCUUGAGGUGAACUUUUUCUUGCUGCGGCGGCUUCUUGGUGUCCGGACGAAGGGCACUGAGAGACAGGGAAAGGUCUCUAAGCUGACCAAGCAAGAGAUCUUGAUGUUGAACAUAGGAUCUAUGUCAACGGGGGCACGGGUUCUUGCUGUAAAGAAUGAUUUGGCAAAGUUGCAACUCACCUCUCCAGUGUGCACCAGUAGAGGGGAGAAGAUUGCCCUUAGUCGACGAGUUGAGAAGCACUGGCGUCUGAUUGGUUGGGGUCAGAUCCAAGCUGGAUCCACCCUUGACGUUCCACCUUGCCCCAUUUGAGUUGAAUUUAUACGCACAUAGACAGAAGAAGACCAGUUAAACCAUUUAUAAGAGUGGAACGAUAGGCAAUUGUUGGGAAUCAUUUUUGUCAGGUGGAUAAGAAAACAUUGCUUUCAUUGCUAUUAUUUGUUCUGUUUCAUUUUUCUUUUGGGAUUGUGUUACUCUGUGCUGUCAAGUUCUUUUGGGUUUUGGAGUAUUCAUUUUAAUUUACGAGGCUGUAUCUUAUUGAUUUA